GGUUUUGGUGCGGUGAAAAUGUACGACUUCUAGAUCAAACACGCAAUCAAAUGACGAUGAUGAAUCGGAACAACCAGCCAAACUUUCCCGUUAUCUACGAGUUGCUAAAGCAACUCUGCCGGAAUCUCGCGGGCGAACGAGCAGAUGAUGUCCUGAAAGGUGUCACGCAGCUCAUUGCCAACAGGCCAAACUCGAUCGCCUACUACGGCAGCUCGGCGUCCACCGCCAGUGAAUCGUCAAUCGUAACACGCAUCAAUCGGCGGCUAUCUUCUCGCAGCCAGGCAAGCGUGAACGUGUUUAACGGGUUCUACGAGGAGCUGGUUUCCAUUACCGAAAGUAAACAGAGAGUGCCAAUUCUAGAGUUUCUACUUAACCUUGCCGAUGCGGAUAGAAAUUUGGCUGGUGCCAGCGGAUUGCAGAUAGAUUUGCGUAACGAUGCCGCAAGUUCCGUCGGAGGUCCACUGUUGGAGAGUGCCCUGAGCAAGAUAAGCCUUGAUUCGGGCCUCUCUGGAAGCUGCAGCAGCCAGCGUUCCCCGAUGCUCUCCGUGGUCGGCAGUAGUGGUGCCCUUGUUAGUGGUGCUGUUGCCGGCAAUGAACUUGAAGACAGCAUUAUCCAGGACAUUAUAUACGCGUGCACCGGAAUCGAAGGAAAGUACCUACGAAAGAACGUAGUGACGGGCGAAUUUAAGCUCGAUCACGUCAGCGGCCGGCAUCUCGAUACAUGCAACGCAGGAAUGUUGCUGCGGUUGGCCGAAGUAGGGUUCUUCUACAGCAACGUGGUCAAAUUCACCGACCCCAAGAGUGAUUCGUAUCUGAUGGGUAGCUUUGGCCAGGGCUACAUUACUGCACUACGCAAAGAGCUGACCAACUAUUACGGGCUGAUUGCGAACCUGCAGGAGGCGCUUGACCGACAGCGGCAACCCGGUUCGGACACCACCGACCGCAUGACGCUCGUGCGGACGAUGGUAUGGUUAGUGGAGCCUAUGGAGCGUCUCCAGUGGCUGUCGGUUAUUUCCGAUGCGUGUCGCGAAGUGAAGGGUGGCGCACUGGCUUCAGCUGUUCACAAGUUUAUCUGGCACGGGGAUCCGAUGGUGCGCAUCAUAUCGCGUGAACUUCUUCAAUCGGCUUGCAUUCCUCUGCAGCAGAUGCUUACCCAGUGGCUCACGGAUGGCAAGAUUGUUGAUCCAAACUGUGAGUUUUUUAUCGAAAAACUGAUGGAGGUCGGCUACAAUCGUUUGUGGCACGACGAAUUCCGGCUACGCAUCUCCAUGGUACCCUCGUUCAUCUCCGAUGCACUCGCGCGCCAAAUACUGGUGAUCGGCAAGAGCAUAAACUUUUUGCGUGAAAUCUGCAAAGACCGGGCACCGGUGCGCGAGCGGAAUGAUCUGAGUAAGUGUCUCAGUGAGCGGCUCGAGUAUCUGUACAGUCCCCACAGCAACACCGAAUUGCACGUGCUGAUCGAUAAUGUGUAUCUGAAAACGUCCAAGCGCGUGCUGGACAUUGUGCUUGGGCCACACCGCCUGUUCGACCAUCUACAGGCGAUGCGUGACUAUCUGCUACUGGGACAGGGCCACUUUGCGGACAUGCUGAUGGAGUAUCUGAAGGAGGAGUUGGACCGACCGGCGAAGGAUAUCGGACAGCAGGAGCUCUUUCUCACGGUGGCCGAGGCGGUGCGAAAGUCUUCAUGUGAGGUGGAAGAUCCCGAAGUGUUGAACUAUCUGGAUGUGCACUUUCUCAGCCCGUGCGAGGGCGAUACCGGCUGGGAUGUGUUCUGCUUAACGUACAAGGUGCAGGGUCCGCUGGGCACCAUCUUCCAGCCGGUGCAGUGCACCUACCGAGCCCUGUUUAAGCAGCUGUGGAACAUGAAGCGCUUUGAGUACAUCCUCGCCAGUAUCUGGCGCAACCACAUGCUGGGCACGCGGUGCUACAAACCGAUUGCCGCCGACAUUGGCGACGUGAUGAAACACCUGCAGACGUACUGCUCGAAGAUGAUCAACCUUAUCUCGCAGAUGCAAUACUACAUCCUGUUCGAAGUGAUCGAGUGCUCGUGGGUUCAGUUUAGUGCGCGAGUGCAACAAGCAAAAGCGCUCGAUGACGUACUAGAGGCGCACGACAAGUUUCUCCAGCGCAUCCGCACCGGCAUCUUCCUCGAUCAGUCGACCCACAUGUUCACGAGCUCGCUGGAGCAAAUUUUCAACUCGGUGCGCAAGCUGGACGAGUGGCAGAUGAAGUUCUACGACCUGUGCAAUCGCGAACUGGAUUCGCGCAAAGCGUUCGAUGAUCGCAUUCGUGAGAGCGAAGCAGCCGGCACAUACGGGGUUACGGCCGAGCAGACACUCGAGCGGGAUGAAGAGCUGCAACAGUUUGAACAUCGGCUGAGUACGUGCCAAAAGGCGAUUAACAUGAUUGGCGUUGGGUACGAGGACUCGGUUCACCAGUUCCUCUACCAGCUGGCCAUUUCACCGACGGAAUCUCUGCCCCAGCUUUGCAUGCGGCUGGAUUACAACGAGUACUACAAGCACCGCGACGCACGCCUCAGCUCGACCCUAACUUUUCAGCAUAUGCGCAAAAGUAUGGCCGGUAACUUUGGGCGCAAAUGAUCGUGCGCCAAGGUGGGACAGAAAGUGAAGGAUGUAACAGCGCCAGGGAACGACGCUUCCGCGGAAACUCACCCGAUCCAGGGGCAAUUGAUGCCGGCCAACCGCAAAAAUGUUGUCACUACGUUAGUCGAACAUUACAAGCAAGGGUAUUUCAACUGCUGCGAUGUUAUGUAGAGG